AUGGUUUUGAAAGCAACUGUAUUACUAGGCUGUAUUCUGGGAAUCAGCACAUUUCCCCUGGAAGAACCAGAGGAUGGAGGCAAGCACUGGGUUGUUAUUGUAGCAGGGUCAAAUGGCUGGUAUAACUACAGACACCAGGCCGACGUGUGCCACGCUUACCAGAUUGUGCGCAGAAAUGGAAUUCCAGAUGAACAGAUUAUUGUCAUGAUGUAUGAUGACAUUGCAGAAAGUGAAGAAAAUCCAACCAAAGGCAUUGUUAUCAAUAGACCCAAUGGCACAGAUGUGUACAAGGGAGUGCUAAAGGACUACACAAAAGAGGAUGUUACUCCAAAACAUUUCCUUGCUGUUCUGAGAGGUGAUGCUGAAGCAGUGAAGGGCAAAGGAUCAGAAAGAGUAUUAAAAAGUGGUCCUAAGGAUCAUGUGUUUGUUUAUUUCACUGACCAUGGAGCACCUGGGCUGCUGGCUUUUCCUAGUGAUGAUCUCCAUGUAAAGGACUUGAAUAAAACCAUUCAUUACAUGUAUCGUCACAAGAAAUACCAAAAGAUGGUGUUUUAUAUUGAAGCAUGUGAAUCUGGAUCAAUGAUGAACCAUUUGUCUGAUGAUAUCAAUGUUUAUGCAACUACUGCUGCCAAUCCUAAGGAGUCUUCAUAUGCAUGCUAUUAUGAUGAUGAAAGACAAACUUACUUAGGGGACUGGUACAGUGUCAACUGGAUGGAAGAUUCUGAUGAAGAGGAUCUGAGAAAAGAAACGCUUCAUAAGCAGUUUCAGUUAGUGAAGAAACGUACCAACACCAGCCAUGUGAUGCAAUAUGGAAACAAAAGCAUUUCGUCCAUGAAACUGAUGCAGUUUCAGGGCAGUGGAAAGAAAUCUACCCCUAUUUCUCUGCCACCUGUGAAACACUAUGAUCUGACUCCUAGUCCUGAUGUGCCUCUUGCAAUCAUGAAACGGAAACUGAUGGCUACUAAUGACAUGUAUGAGGCUAAGAAGAUUGCAGAGGAAAUGAAAACACACCUAGAGGCUAAAGAGCUUAUUCGGGAAUCCAUGAGAAAGAUCAUCUACCUCAUCACAGCAUCAAAUGAGCUUACUAACCAGAUUCUGUCAGAGAGGCUGACCCUCAGCAACCAUGAUUGUUACCAGGCAGCAGUGGACCGCUUCAAAGCCCAGUGUUUCAACUGGCAUAUUCCGAAGUUUGAGUAUGCGUUGAGACAGCUGUAUGCCUUGGUCAAUGUAUGUGAAGGAGGAUAUCCCAUCGACAGAAUACAGCUGGCCAUGGACCUAGCAUGCCUUGGAAACUAAUGAAAACAACAUUCAAAUUCAUAAUCCUUACUAAGAGCGAUAGCUUUUUUGAAACUGUAAUAAUCAGGACUACAGAUAUGCAUGUAAAUGAAGAACAAGGUCAACCACUAUAGCAGCUUUCAAACAACACGGUGGGAGCUGUAUCAGACAGCAGUGAUCAAGUUAAGCGCAUGAAAGUGCUUUUUCCCCUUCACUCUCAGUCUCUGUCUGAUAGAAUGGUUGAUUGACAUGAGGCAUUUUAGAGGGUUCAGUGCUACAGGCGGGUGUUUUAAAUGGACAGAAUUUGUUCAAAGUCCAAUGCAAAUUAAGAGUUCCUGCAUGAACACUAUAAGCAAUCUCUAUUGGCAACCCUAACUUUGUUAGCUUAAAAAAAUGACUUUAACUCAUUGUUUUGCCUUUGAAACUUUUGAUAUUACUAAGUACUAUUACUAAGUAGCUUUUAAACAGUGGGUAUUAUUAUUGAUUAACUUAAGUUUACAAUUGGCUAUUUGCAAAUUGGUUGAAGACUGAAGAAACCAACGUUUGUACUUACAACUGUAAAUCAUUAACAAUUUAAAGAAAUCAGCAGCACUUGAGAACUAUCACAUUUGUUGAACUGCAGAUGACAAAGGGCUUCAGGGUCAGAUAGCACUGUUUCCCAAAGAAAAACAGAUUGUCUAAUGCUGUAACUUUUAGUACCAGUAUCUUGUAAGAAAGCCUGUAUGCACAUAAAUUGCAAAAGAUUGAAGAACACUGGAAUUAUCUGGGAAUAAACAGAACUGAAUGUUUCAUCAACUUCAAACAA